UUCAAAUUGUAUAUAAAAUGAAAUCCAUCAACCUAAUAGUUAUAAUUAUUAUACAAUCGUUUUAUUAGUAUAAUUAUAAACCCAUAACUAAAAUCAUGUAUAAAUUGGUAACUUUGGUGGUUCUCAUUACAGUUUCGCAAACUUAUGGUGAGGAUGGAAUAUGUUCGUGGUAUGACUCACCUCCCGGUGCCCUCACAGCCGAUAGAGAGAAUUACAGCCAAACCAACCUAACGGCCGCUCAUAAGACCCUACCAUUUGGGACAUGUGUAGAGGUGUCGUGUAAUGGGAGGUCUGUCGUCGUUAGGAUCACCGACAGGGGACCGUUCGUUGCCGGGAGGAUACUGGAUAUGAGCAGAGCUGCCGGUGCUGCGCUCGGUAUUAUUGAUAGUGGGCUCUGUCAGUGCAACCUUUCUGUUAUUCCCUUUUGUGUCUGAUGUAAAUUGAUCCAGCUAGAUGAGUAACACAUUUUUGUAUUUUUAAUACAAGUAAUGGUUUCCUCUAUAAUAAAAAGUUAACAAUUGCAUUUAAUAUGACAAAAUCAUUAUACCAAAAUGAUUAGAAUUAAUUGUAAUUAUAAAUUUUCUUAAAUUAAUUGUAUACAAAAUUCAGUUGAAAAUAUA